AGGACACUAACUGUGAGUCUUGGGGUCCACACGGCCCACCACAUCCACCACUCCUCACUGGCAGACUCACUGUCGGUUAACGAGGGGGUGUGGUCAUUCCUGAGACUGGUGGGACUGUGUCCACAGGAGAUGGCUACCGUCAUGCUCGGCCGCUUCACCGACAGGUUACGUGUUCUUAUGUCACUCAUCAGCAGGGCACACGUUCUCUAUAGGCAACGUCUUUGGCACUCUAACACUGCACACUCCAGGUAUCAUUUAACACAACUGGUGCUGUGGCCGGACCACCGCGUGUCGUUUGCAGCGGUCCACGACAGCCCCGUCCUACAGGACAUGGUGUUCACGGGCCCGUCCUGCACCGUGUACACCCACACGACCCAUCAUCUCUUCCCGCUCAAGACCACCUCGCAGACCGGCGCCGAGCUCACCGAGAUAUCGUCCAUGGUGAGCGGCGAGGACCGAGAGAUGUUGUCUCCCUGCUCCACUCCGCGAGAAUCUCGUUCGACUCCCGGGUCCCUUUCAAACUCUCCCCUGGCCUCCGCUGCGAGGCAGAGAGAAGGCAAGAAGAACGCAGGGGGACGUCACGGAGCUCUGCGCAACGGACUCACCGAAUCACUCAAAAGCCCCUCCCCCUGCCCCGCCUCCUCAUCUCCCUCCGCCCCUCCAUUUGGCAAGUACAAGAAAAACUCGAUUACAUCGUCGAAUUCUCGAACAAAACUCUUUUCGUCGCCGGACAAACACACAGGUAAAACUAGUGACAGCGUCACUCAUAAUGGUCACAUGGAUAACGGAGUGGAUGAUACCAAUGAUGACGAGGGGGUAAUUGACGAGCGCCCCUGUAAUAAGAGCAAGGAUAACGAGGUCCUGGAGGGUGGGAAAGAUGACCAGAGUGCUACUGUGCGUGCCUGCAAGGAGGGAAGACACCUCUACUGCAUGCCGACCCACAUGCCUCUCUUUCUCCUGGCAUACACUCCCUCUGUUGCAGUACCACUGAACCCAGUGUAUGUGAGUGAGAGAGUGGCCGAGUACCACCGCCAGGAGUGGCUGGGGGGAGGCCCUGGCCCCUUCAAACGCCUCCUCCUCCACGGAGGCCAGGACGAGGGGAGAGAGGAGGAGGAGAUGUGGCUGGGGUUGUUCCCCUCUCUGCCCGGCGGACUUCAUGCUGUCAGGCCCUUCGGUGGCUGGUCACGCAUCCAGAUCCCUGACAAGGAUAACAUGAUCUACGACAGUGGUAAGAUGGCGGUACUGGACAAGCUGCUGGCCCAGUUGCAGCGAGAGGGUCACCGCGUCCUGAUCUACUCCCAGAUGACUCGGGUGAUUGACCUCCUUGAGGAGUUCAUGGCCUACCGACGCUACAAGUUCAUCAGACUGGACGGCUCCUCUCGUAUAUCCGAUCGUAGGGACAUGGUGGAUGACUUCCAGACCAAGUCUGACAUCUUUGUGUUCCUGCUGAGUACCAGGGCAGGUGGUCUGGGAAUCAACCUCACUGCUGCUGACACUGUGAUAUUCUAUGACAGUGACUGGAACCCCACAGUGGACCAGCAGGCCAUGGACAGGGCUCACCGCCUCGGCCAGACCAAACAGGUCACCGUCUACCGGCUGGUGGUGAAGGGAACCAUUGAGGAGAGGAUUCUGCAGAGGGCCAGGGAGAAGAGCGAGAUCCAGAAGAUGGUGAUCUCGGGUGGUGACUUCAAACCAGACACUCUCAAGACCAAAGAGAUGGUCUCCCUCCUCCUGGACGACGACGAGAUGAAAUCUCGCUUUCUGGCAAGGCAGGCAGAGAAGGAACAGGAGCAGGGGAGGAGAUCCAGAGGAAAGAAGAGAAAAGGCCUCCCGGGGAGCGCUGGCGAGCCACUCUCAAAGAAGCCCAACGUCUCUGCCUCUCCCUCUCCCCUCGUCUUCUCCAGUCGUCCGGUGAGCGUCAUGUCGGCCGCCAGCUCCGAUGUCGCCAUGAACGGCGGAGACCCAGUGAUGGACAUGAUUGGAGGGGCAGAGGGACCGCCGCCCCAGAACUCACCGGUGGCACACAAGAAGGAGAGGAAACGCAGGACAAAGACGCCGGCACCACUGGGUGGCCGCGGAAAGUUCCAGAAGAAGAAGGGAGGUGGGGGAAGUUCUAUGAGUGCUGCUGCGUCAGCCGGAGCCAUGGCAGGGGCUCUCGCAGCCAGCAAUGCUGCGUUUGCCACUCUGGGCUACUCCCUCCCCUCUUCCUACCCCUCCCUCGCCCAGUAUCCACUCUCUGUCGGCCUUCCCGCCCAAUUCCAGUACCCACGGGAGCAGUGCGCAGUCGUCUCCCCGGGCCAGCCCAAGCCCCGCCCCUUCAUCGGGUGGGGUGUGGCAGCAACAGACCCCUCCCAGUUCCCGUCUCCCUGCCAGCAGAACACUCCUGAAUCAGUCCAAGAACAGCAGCUAGCAGCCGUUUGUGGCUGUAGUAUCUUCUCUCCGUUUCUCCCAUUCUCUCUCCAAUUGUGUAUGCUUGUACAACACUUGUAAGCCUCGUUAAUGUGUGCACACACCUUCACUGGAAUAUGUAUGAUGUGAAUAAUGGUCACUUUGGUAUUGUGUUGUGUUCUCCAAAACACGCUAAAUAGUGCCCACCCGUGGUGCGCACCAUUAAGGGUAAAUGGCUUCGCGGCAAAAGGAGGAUCCGUACGCCCUUCUCCUAGUUGGUAGGUCUGCCACUGAUGCCGAGAUACGGAGGAGCUACCAGGAGCUUGCCAGAAAGUUACAUCCGGACAGGCUCAUCGGGGAUGGAGUGAGCGAGGCAGAAAUAGAAGCAGCAACUGACAGGUUCCAGAAGAUCAGCUGGGCAUAUGAGCUGCUAUCCAGUGCCGAGUCUAGGAAAGAGUAUGACACAUCUACUGCAGCACGUGAGGUGACACAGAUGUGGCCACUGAGUGGCACGGUGGACCUGGACUCCAUGGACUACAGCCCAGAGACUGGGACCUACUCCACGCACUGUCGCUGUGGUGGAAGCUACAGUCUGGCCGAGUCAGAGAUGGAGGAGGCAGCCGUGGACACUGUCUGCUGCUCCACCUGCAGUCUAGCCAUCAGAGUACUCUACCAGCAGGUGGUGGAGCCAGCUGAGGGUCAGGAGGUGGAGGAAGAUGAAGCAUCAGAGAGGAGUUUGUAGAAGUGUUUUAGCAUGAUUAAAAUUUGUGUGUCAUUCUUGUGUGAAAUUGCAGGUUGAAUGAGUCACUUGUAUUACCAUAUAUCACAUUCAUAAG